UAUAAAAGUAUUCCGGUGUUUAGCAUUCAGAGUUUAAACAAUUUAUUCCUCAACCCACUUAACUACAGAUACAAAGUAAAAGUUGUUGUUCUUUACCAUAAAAGUAUUCCGGUGUUUAGCAUUCAGAGUUUAAACAAUUUAUUCCUCAACCUACUUAACUACAGAUACAAAGUAAAAGUUGUUGUUCUUUACCAUAAAAGUAUUCCGGUGUUUAGCAUUCUGAGUUUAAACAAUUUAUUCCUCAACCCACUUAACUACAGAUACAAAGUAAAAGUUGUUGUUCUUUACCAUAAAAGUAUUCCGGUGUUUAGCAUUCAGAGUUUAAACAAUUUAUUCCUCAACCCACUUAACUACAGAUACAAAGUAAAAGUUGUUGUUCUUUACCAUAAAAGUAUUCUGGUGUUUAGCACUCUGAGUUUAAACAAUUUAUUCCUCAACCCACUUAAAGCAUGAAACAGUGAAAGAGUCUUAUUUCACCAGGCGAAUUUAUGGCUAGUUAAGUCCUCAAGAAGCUGCUUUAAUGAUGGAAACAAUGGCUAAGAAAAACUUUAUAGCGUAUCAAGCAUAAGCCAUAUGUUGUGUAAGCCAGAAAAAGAGUACUGGCAGUAGCGUUUAUAAAGCUCGUAGAUACAUCUUUAGCCAGCUGCAGUCAUUAUUGAAGUGAACCAUGAUACAACAAUAGAGUAAACUCAACUUUUUACAAGCCCACCAACACAUUGAUGGGAAGGAGAAACAAAUCCGCACACAUUCACUAUUUUGGCCUCUGGGAUGUUUAAAGACAGGCAGACGAGCGAAGAAAUGUUAUCCUGUCAACUGCUGGAGUUUUAUAACCUUGUUAUCCGAUCAAGACAGGGGUAGUAAUAGAAGGGUAGUGCCCUAACCUACUUUUUUGGCUCCAAAUUAACCUGAAAGACAUAAACAUAACAUAAACAUGAUACCAUUCCCCAGAAAUUGACAUCUGGAAAAUAAUUCACCUUCACCCAGGUGAUUGUGGAAACUAUAAUUUAUCAACUAGAAUAAGAGACAAAGCAAUGCACUUUGCCAAAUUAAAGACAAGUUUUACAGUGUCAAAUCUGCUCCAUAUGAUUUAGAGUUCUCUGAGGAUUCCAUUUUCAAUGCAGCAAACAGCAGAAGAUAAUCAGCAAAACCUAAAGAAUAUAGUGGUUGGAGAUCCACAAUUAUUUUCAUUUCUUUAUUAUCUUUUCUUUGGAUGAAAGAAGGUAAGGUUUUCUUUGCAUUGUGUAAAAGAUUCAGUAGUGAACCUAAAUAUUAUACCACAGUUACUUCAUCCAUAAGGUCAUUGUGGUUUUAAAAUACUUUUACAAACAAACUUACCUCCCAUAUAUGAAUCAUCGUCAACUGCAACAAAAUUAAAUUUUUUUAAAUCCCUUAUAAACGCAUUGUUUAAAUUUCAAUAUCCUACACUACUGUGGAGAUACUUCUCGAGUACACAAUUUAAUUGUAAUUUUGUAUAUUUUAGUAUUAAAAUUCUAAGAUGGAAAACAAAUGGAAUAAUCAAUAGUAAAUGAAUUUUGUUUGAAUGAAAUGGGUGAACACUACUGCCAUGUAAUGUUGAUUACGUAUAAUCAAUAGAUAAGACAAGCUCAAUAAUUUGUUAAUGAAUGUCUAAUGAGAUAUACUGUAACAUGUAGAAGCUCUGUAGCACUUGUGACAUAUGUCUAUUCAAGAAAAAUGAAUGAUACAAAUAGUAUAAAAUACAAGAUUCUCAUUGCCCACAAGGAGAUUCCUAAAAGAGGUCUCCAUGUAUUUGAAGAAAAACUCAAGAACAGAUAUGAGCUGAUACUGAGUGAAACCAAAGGUUCUCCCAUCCCCACUCGAGAAACUCUACUGAAUGACAUCAGAGGCGUAGAUGCAGUGUUGUGGUAUGGGCACAUACGAGUCGAUGAAGAAAUGAUACAUGCUGCUGGUAAACAACUGAAGGUGGUAGGCAGUAUGGGGGCAGGUUAUGACCAUUUAGAUGUGGAAACGCUGAGGAAACACAACAUCAAAGUGAGUAACACUCCUAAUGUGUUGAGUUGUGCUGUGGCUGACAUGGCAAUCGGCCUGGCACUCGCCGUAUCACGCAACAUCUUGCAAGGGCACAAUGCAAUUCUUGGAGACAAGUGGAUAGUGAAUCACCCUGCUUGGAUGUGUGGUCCUGCACUGGAAGGGUGCACAGUUGGAAUUGUUGGUUUGGGUGCGAUUGGUUCUAAAAUAGCUCGCAGGAUCAGGACUUUCGAUAUCAAUAAGUUACUUUACAACACUAGACAUCAGCGUCCAGAAGCUGCUGAUCUGGGAGCAAAGUACGUUUCCUUGGACCAACUGCUUGUGGAGAGUGACUUUGUGUUUCUCACAGUCCCCAUCACUCCUGAGACUAAAAACUUGCUCAACUUGGACAAGUUUAAGAAGAUGAAAUCAACAAGCAUCAUUGUAAAUGUUGCAAGAGGAGAAGUUAUUAACCAAGAUGACCUGGUGACUGCACUCCAGAGCAAGAUGAUCGGAGGUGCAGGUCUGGACGUGAUGACUCCAGAACCUUUGCCUCCUGACCAUCCUCUCACCAAACUGCCUAAUGUUGUGCUAUCUCCUCACAUUUCUGGAGCUACUUUCCGAGCAAGAGAAGCCAUGGCCGUGCUAGCAGCAGAGAACAUCUGUAACGCUCUCAACGAUCAAGAGCUCAUCACUCCAAUUCUAUAAGUUUUGAAACAGGACAAAUUGUGCUGCAUAGGCUUGGACUAGCGACCGUGGCUCCACUACCAAUUGACCGGACUUCUGACCUACGUAACCACAGCCUGCAAGAACUAAUCAGUGUAGUUUUGGAAAUACACUCUAUAGUUCAGAGAAAAAUUAACUGUUUUAACAUAAUAUGUUUUAAUUAAAUUUUUUUUUUUUAAGAAUAAA